UUUGCCCCAAGCAUUGGAUCAUCUUUGGAUCCUCAACAGGCGGUAGAAAUCUCUAGUGGAGUGCUAGGUAGUGAGUAGGAAACCUCCAAUCCUCAACAGAACAGAGAAAACAGUAAUGGAUGGACCUGGCAAAAGAAAGUCAUUAUUGGUGCUACAGCAGCUGCAGUAAUUGUAGGAUUAUUGAGUAUUUGUUAUUUUACCUACAUGUCACCAGCAUCACAAGAAAAAUACUGCUUUCCAACAAAGGGUAACCAUGAUAUUGAAACUUUCUUAAAAAAUCAUGGAAUUUUAACUAUAAAAAGAUACAAAUUCUCUGAUGUGAAGAAAAUGACCAACUCCUUCAAAGUUAAACUAGGACAAGGUGGUUUUGGUGUUGUAUACAAGGGAAAGUUAUCCAAUGAUUUUGAUGUAGCAGUCAAAAUGUUGAAUCCAUCCAAAGGAAAUGGUGAAGAAUUUAUUAACGAGGUAGCUAGCAUUAGUAGAACUUCUCAUGUUAAUGUUGUCGCCCUUCUUGGAUUUUGCUUAGAAGGUCACAAGAAAGUUCUCAUCUAUGAAUUUAUGUCCAAUGGUUCCCUUGACAAUUUUAUUUACAAAAAGAACCCUAAGAAUACACCACUCUUGAGCUGGGAUAAUUUAUAUCAAAUUUCCAUAGGGAUUGCUAGAGGAUUGGAGUAUUUGCAUAGAGGAUGCAACAUUCUUAUUUUACAUUUUGACAUAAAACCACAUAAUAUUCUUUUGGAUGAAAACUUUUGUCCUAAGAUAUCAGAUUUUGGGCUAGCAAAACUUUGUCCUAGAAAAGAAAGUCAUAUUUCAGUGUCCGAAACUAGAGGAACAAUAGGGUACAUAGCUCCAGAAGUGUGGAGUAGACAUCUCGGUAGAGUUUCACAUAAAUCUGAUGUUUAUAGCUAUGGAAUGAUGCUUCUAGAAAUGGUAGGAAUGAAGGAGAACAUCCUUGCAAAGACAAGUCACACAAGCGAGAUGUACUUCCCUGAUUGGAUAUACAAAAGGCUUGAUCAAGGAACUCAACUGGGACCUGAUGAUGAUGGGGAAGUGGCCAUAGAGGAAGAUGAUGUUGUUAAGAAAAUGACAAUGGUGGGUUUAUGGUGCAUUCAACCAAUUCCAAAUGACAGACCAACAAUGAGUAGAGUUGUAGAAAUGUUGGAAGGCAGCAUGAAUUCCCUGGAAAUGCCACCAAGACCUGUUCUGUCUUCAAUAAGAGUGGCGGUAGAAUCUUCUUCUAAUGUUGUAUCGUUGGUAGAAUCUUCUUCUGUUGUAUCAGUUGUAGAAUCUUCUACUAGUGUAACUUAGAUGCAUUACAUUGUACUCCCUCUAUUGUCGAUGUGUACCAAGCACACAUAGCUACUUGAAUGUUUUCACUGAAAAAAAGAACUGUUAGCUAAUGAAAGACAAAGAUUGGCAGCAGGAAAUUUACCAAGCAAUA